UCUUUUGAAGUGUAAAACACAAAACAUCGUUUUUCAUUUUAGCUAUUAAAAUUCCUGUGUACAGAAUUUUGCAACUUGACAAAAAUAUAAAAUAAAAAAAUGGCACUAAAACCAGUUACGCACGUUCUUUUUGAUAUGGACGGCUUAAUUCUUAAUACAGAGGAUUUAUACACAGUAGCAUUCCAAAACAUUCUCUCACAGUACGGGAAGACCUAUACAUUUGACUUAAAGCUUAAGUUGAUGGGCUUACAAGCCCAUGAAACUGCUGAAAGUAUUGUUAAGGAGCUCCAACUCCCACUCACUCCAGAUGAGUUCCAAGAAGAAAGUAAAAAACAAUUUUUGAAGUUGUUCCCUGACACAAAGGUUCUACCAGGAGUCAGAAGAUUAAUAGAGCACCUUCAUAAACAUAAGGUCCCCAUAGGUCUGGCUACUAGUGCAAGUGAAGAGAGUUACAACUUAAAAGUUAAUAAACACCAUAAGGAAUUAUUUUCAUUAUUUCCUUACAAGACUUUUGGCUCCUCAGAUCCAGAAGUGAAGAGAGGGAAGCCAUAUCCUGAUAUAUUUUUAGUGGCUGCAUCUAGGUUUCCUGAACAUCCAAAUCCCGAUAAGUGUCUCGUUCUUGAAGAUGCAGUUAAUGGUGUGAAGGCGGCCCGAGAUGCAGGCAUGCAGGUUGUUAUGGUUCCUGAUCCUCGUGUGGAUGAAAGCCUUACCAAAAAUGCUACAUUAGUCCUUAAAAGUUUGGAGGAUUUCAAGCCAGAAUUAUUUGGUCUACCACCCUUUGAAAAUUAAUGCAUAGAAAUAAAUAGCUCAUUUUUUUACUUUUGCAAAUUACAUUCACUUCAUAAACUGUUUGCUAAUUUAUGUGUAAAAGGUCAAUACAGUUAAUAUUUUUUGAUUAAAAGUAUGCCAUAUAUUUUGUAAUCAUAUCCAGAAACUGCAUUUACUGAUAUUUAAUUUAAAUAGAAAAUGUUUAUAUUUAUAUAAAUAUGUAGGUAGUUUGAUGAUAGGGUGAUGAACGACUUAUAUUAAGUUUGGCAUUACAAUGAAUGAAUUGUGUUUUCGAUCUUGAUAUUGUGCCGUCUGGUUUGGAAAACUGUGCAAAUUAAUUUUAUUUUCAGGAAUAUAUGUUUUUUUUUAAAUUAGUGACCAUGACCAAGGAAAAUAGUGUCUUAUACAUUUUUUUUUCAAAUCAAUACAAUUUAUUAACUGGUAAUUUUGCUCUAGAAAGGUCUCAAAUUUUAUGUUACCAACUGACUGUCAAUGCUUUUUUGGGAUAAGUUCUACUAUACCAUAAAAACGCAUGUUAUUUUUAUUUCAUGUUUGUAAACUAAACAUUUAAAUAACCUACAUAAUGCCGUGGAUUUUCCUUACAAUCCAGGUCCUUAAUAAAAACAAAUUGGCUGAAUAAGUUUAGCAAUUGUAACUAAAGUCAUACAUGUGGCUUUUUAUAUGAAGUAGCAACUUAGAGAUUUCAGAAGCUUAUUAAGUACAAAACCUAUUAAAACAAAUAUUCGCCCGCGUAAGUGACCACAAUUAUUCCUUUCCUUACUGGGAAGAAAUAAGUUAUUGCAACAUCUUUUUUUUUUUUUUGAGAAAAGAAACUUACUGAUAACCAUUAUAAAUAUAUUUUAGUUGUUUGAUACAUUUUAUACUUUUUUUAUAUUAACUUAAACUUGUUUGCUAUUUUACUGAAUAGCCGGUUUUGUUUAUGAAUCUCUUAGCGAUAAGAUAUGAAUGAGCCUAUAUAGCACGGUGUUACAUAACCCCAUCAUCUCGCAAUGGCUAUUCGUGAGCAAUGCCAUAUUAACAAAAACAGGAGUCGGUAAUCAACGCUUUUAGCGUGCACUAGUAUAACCUAUGAAACAGACUGUGAUAUUUUUAAUUCAAAUAAAAAUGACACUCCAGCCUGUUA